AUGGAUACGACCAAGCAGAGCGCCGCCGCCGACCUCGAGGCCUACCUCCAAGCGAUGCGGCUCAACGGCUCCUCCUCGCCGCUAAAGCAGCAGCGCUGUCCGGCGCCGACCUCGCUGCGACCGCCCCAGCCCCAGCCACCAAAGGUGCCCGUGCCGACUGCGAGGGCCGACGCGCAGCAGCUGCUGCAACAGCUCCAGGAGGUGCGGCAGUACUGGCCUCAGCCGCAGCCGCAGAGCUACGGCGUGGGCGAGAGCUCCACGGGCGCUGGGUACGUCUCGCCCUUCGGCUCCAGCAGCCCUAACAGUUUCUACGCCUCGCACUAUGGCGCGCACAGCCCGCGCUUCAACACCCCCACCGCGCCGUUCCCGUCGGUGUCGGCGAAGCUGAACGCCUGGGCCGGACACUACAGCCCCAUUGGCCCCUCCCACCCCUCCGUAUCGCACUGGUCGUCAAUGCCGAGCUCCAGCACCAACCAUUGCCAGCCUACGCCCAGCGCUCCUCAGCUCGGCGCCCCCUUCCCGGCAUGGGAUCACCACGCCAGCCUCGACCCGUACGCCUCCGCCCUUCUGAGCGCGCUGCGCCCUAACCAGAUGGACUACCGAUCGUGGAUUCACACGCCGGCGGUUCGCCGCCGGCCGACGCUGGAGGAGGUCAGAUCGCGCUUGCUCCGCCGCCCGAUGGAACCCGAGCUUGUGAUGUUCCCUGAGACCGCGGGUCACGUUGUCCGCCUGCUCAUGGAGGGCGGCGAGGAGGUGCGCCUGAGCGUGCUCGCAGGGGUCAAGCGCACCGUGCGCAGCGUCAUAGGGUGCGGCGAGGGGCACGCUGUGUUCCUCGCGCUGCUUCGCGCCUGUGAGGGGCGGCUCGACGAGCUCCAGGGCAUCGUCCAGGCCGUGUGCAAAGGCACGGGCUUUCUGAUGCACGUCGUGAAGUACAACCACGGGGUGACAGCUCUAGAGGAGCUCAUCAGGGCGGUGGCGCUGCACCAGCAACUUUGCUUGCCGCUCAUCGUCUGGCUGCUCCGUGAACGCCUGAUGGAACACAGCAAAGGCGCGGAGCUGCUUCACCAUUGCUUCACCACGAUGCCCUAUGAGAAUUGCUCGAUUAUGAUCCGGUUCGCCAUCAUCAACAUCGACGAGAUGCUCUCGUCGGCGUCUGGGUCAAGAUGCCUGGCAGAAUGCUUCAGGAAUGCGCAAAAAGACGAGCUCCGCCUUCUCGAGGAGAUCAUCUUGAGCCGCACCAGCGAGAUUGCGCGGGGCGAAUACAGCAACUACUUCUUGCAGGGAGCCCUCGAGUGCGGCAGCGAGCUUCUCACUGACCGCAUCGCCGAGCGCGUCGCGGAGGACGUCGCGAGCCUGUCCGCGGACCAGUUCGGGAGCUACGUGGUGGAGGCCUGCUUCCUCCGGACGCUGUCGCUAGCGCCGGCGCAGCGCGUGCUCGCCGCUUUCCUGGGCCUGCGCAACGACCAGCUCGCCGAGCUGGUGCAGGGCGGCUACUCCAACUACGUCGUGCACAAGCUGCUCGCCACCGGCAAGGACUACUUCCCAGAGCAGACGACGGCGCUGGCGCGGCGGAUCGAGAAGCUGCCGGCGGCGGUCCAGCGCGAGAUGCACGCGCAGCGGGUGAUGCGGGUCGUCAAGAAGCUGUUCCCCAGGCAGCCGCGCUACUAG